UGCUGUGCGGCUCCAUAUAUCACAGUGAAAAGUUUAAAUGUGUAAUUUGUAUCAUUUUUCAUGAAUGAAAACCACAUCAAGGAUGGCAAGGUGAUGCAGAAGAACGAAAAGUACAUGUAGACAGUGUGGAUCAGUAAUCGCAAGACGACCGGAUGGGGUGCCAAUUAGCGUAUACAUGUACUACGAGGGCCGGGUAGGCUCGUGAUCCGCCUGGUUCGUGGAUGUCAAGAAAGAACGUCGAAACAGUCAGUGUAAAAAUGUCGUCCUAAAGAAUUAGUUACCAAUCAUUUAAUUGAUGGAGUGUGGGAUGUUUUGACAGCGAAUUUGGGAAGAACUUGUGUCGCACAUAUUCCUUUGGUGAUUGGUCCUGAAUGACAAUUUUUUAGUACAGAGUUUCACCAGGAAUGACCGAAAGGUCGAUGAUCAAUGUAAACUUAGACAAGUGCACAAUAAGAACAGACAUACACCUACUAACUGUGCGCAUAUAGGCCAACGUUCUUAUCCUGCUUUAAGGAACAAAUGAUUAUAGGUCACUGAUAUAAAUCGGUUAGAUUCUCCACUAUGUUGUCAGGCUUCGGUCACCGAAUUUGCGCAAAAAAACCGGUUAGAUUUUCCACCAUGUUGUCAGGCUUCGGUCACCGAAUUUGGGCAAAAACUGGAGGCAAAGUCCGUAAUUUCGUAAAGUUAGCCGAAAGGCCGAAGAGUCUGCUGACUUCCAACAACACAACGCAUAUGUACCCAAAGUACGUGGAGGGAUAUUCCGACGACUUCCCCCACAGGAUCGACGUCUCAGGUGUGGAGAAGCAGCAGCUUGAGUCCUACUCUCGGGAAGUCCGACCAAAAUUGGACGCACUACUCCUGGAAUACGGGGCAGUCCUCUUCAGGGGCCUGCCACUGGAUACGGCUGGUGAUUUUUCCAAGUUUUUCCUAGGCCUUGGACACAGGCCCAUGGAUUACAUUGGCGGCGUCUCUCUGCGAUCUAAGAUUGCACCUGGUAUUGUCGACACAGGGAGUCAGCUGGAACAAAAGGGAUUUUUCAUCGAACCUCAUUGUGAGAUGGCUUACUUCAGUAAUUUUCCACACAUGUUCUGUCUUUUCGCGGAAGUUCCACCAUCUCCCGGAACUGGUGGAGAAAAUGGCAUCACAGACAUGCGAAAAGUACUCAGGCAACUCGAUCCAGAGGUAGUGGAGAAAUUCACCAGGUUGGGUGUCCGGUAUCAUCGGUUCCUCCCAGAUAGGACAAAUCCGAAUGCACCGCACCACUACAGCUAUUGGCAAGUGUCCUUGCUGAGUGAGACUAGGAAAGAAGCAGAGCAAAAACUCGAAGAGACUGGUCACACGCCUGACCUGUAUAAGUGGGAUGAGGAGGGAUCCCUCUAUUUCUGGUCCACCCUUCCAGCGAUUAGACCCCAUCAUAGAACAGGAGAAAUGAUGUGGUUUAACCAAAUAGACCUCAUGCACUGGACCUACUUUUUGAAUCAGCCCGAUGUCUACAGCGUCCUAAAGGAUGAAGACCCAAAGAGAUACCCCUUCACAACUUUCUACGGAGACGGAACAGAUAUAGAGUUAGAUGUAAUGGAGCAUAUUCGCGCCACGAUUAUGAGAUGCACGAGAGCCGAGCAACUGAGGCGGGGUGAUGUCAUGGUGCUGGACAAUAUGAGCGCCGCCCAUAGCAAGUUCGGCUUUACGGGAGAGAGGGUGAUGAGGGUAGCUUUGGCAAAAUUCGCUGCACAGAAGUGAGGUUUCACAAGAGUGAGAAUUUACUCUUCUCGAGACGCGGUCGGUCGAAACCACGAAAAAGACACUUCUCCCAAGCAAACUAGAGGAACUAUAUAAGUUGUGACUUUUGAUAUAAAUUUUAAAGAGUUGAAAUGAAAUAAAAAAUUGUCAUUCUCACAACG